GGGACGAUUGUGUGGAAUGGACCUGUCUGUUAUGAGUGGUUGGUCCCAGUACAGCUUCACCUCCUCAUUCUCCAGGAUCUCUUUUGGUGAGUAUUUAUGGAUUGGUUGGGUCGUUCCGAGUAGUCCAUAUUUUUUGGCGAUGGCUUGAUGGUAUGCCUUUGCCAUGGAAUUGUGGCGGUCCGUGUAUUCUCUUGGUGCUAGAAUUGGACAGGACGACGUGACAUGUUGUAUUGUCUCGAGUGAUUGUGAGCAUUUGCGGCAUCUGUCGGUGGUUAAAUUUUUCCCUAUUAUAUUUUUCAGGUAUGCUCUGGUGGGUAUGACCUGAUCCUGUAUGGCCGUUAGUCUGCCUUCUGUUUCCGGGAACAGGGCUGUUGGGUACCUUCCAUGGAGUGCUCGGCCAUGCCAUAUCUCUGAUAGCUCUUGGAUGUUGGGGGGCGCAAUUGGAUCAUUGCUAGAUGACAAGUUUAGUGCUGUUACAUUGUCAUCUUCUUCAGAUAGCGCUUUGAAGAAAGGUAAGUUUCUUGAUCUGAAAUAUUCCCUCAUCUCAUUAACAGUGUUGUGGUGCGUAGUUUCAAUGUUUUGUAGCCCUCUUCCUCCAUCUUUUCUAGGUAUGUAUAGUCUAUUGACCGAGGCGUUUGGGUGAUGCAUUCCAUACCUAGUUAAGAGACCCCUUACUUGGGUGUCGAUGGCUCUCAGUUCAGUUGUUGACCAUUUUAUUAUUCCGAACGAGUAUGCUAAACACGGCA